AUGGUACAGGCUCUGAAGCUAAAAACCACGAAGAACUCCAACCCGUACAAAAUUAGCUGGGUCAAGAAGGGCGUUGAAAUGACAGUAACGGAGCUAUGUAAAGUGACAUUCUCUAUCGGGAAACACUAUGUUAGUGAAGUUUUAUGUGAUGUCCUAGACAUGGACGUGUGUCACAUUAUUUUGGGGAGACCGUGGCAGUACGAUGUGGGAGCUACCUAUGACUGUAGAGCCAACACAUACUCGUUUGAUUGGAAGGGUCGGCGACUGCGAUUGGUUCCGCACAACUACAGUUCAUCAAUAGAAUCUCCAAAAAAAGGUAAUGCCCUGUUUGCUGUAUUUGCCAAUGCAUUGUUGAAUGCAUGGAGAGAAUCUACUAGCCUGAUGGCUUUGAUAGUAAAGGAGAUCUCUCCGAUUACUGUUGGGAAGGAGAUGCCGGCUGCUAUAGCUGAAUUGCUGAAAAGAUUUUCAGAUAUAUGCACUGAGAAAAUACCAACCGAGCUGCCACCUUGA